AUGAUUAUCACCAAGCCUUUUCAUUUUGUUCACCAUUUUAAACUUAGCUCUUUGAUUGAUUCAUGCAAAUCCAUGCAACAAAUUAAGCAAACCCAUGCACACUUAAUCACCACAGCUCAAAUCUCACACCUUGUUAUAGCCAACAAAUUCCUCAAGCAUGUUGCUUUAGCUUCUCUUAGUUAUGCCCACAAACUGUUCGAUCAAAUUCCUCAACCGGACUUAUUCAUUUAUAACACCAUGAUCAAAGAGAAUUCCUUGUCACCCCGUUCUUGUUGUGAUUCAUUUGCAGUGUUCUGCUCGUUAAUCCAGGAUUCAGGUCUUUCUCCAAAUCGGUAUAGCUUUGUGUUUGCUUUUGGUGCAUGUGGAAAUGGCUUGUGUGUGAGGGAGGGGGAGCAGGUUUUUUCACAUGCUGUGAGAGUUGGUUUGGAUAAUAAUGUGUUUGUUGUAAAUGCGUUGAUUGGUAUGUAUGGAAAGAUGGGACUUGUUGAGGAUGGGAGGAAGGUUUUUGAGUCGGCUAUGGAUAAAGACUUGUUUAGUUGGAACACUAUGAUUGCUGCUUAUGUUGGAUCCGGUGACAUAGUUGAAGCUAAGGAAUUGUUUGAUAAAAUGCAUGAGAGAGAUGUUGUGUCAUGGAGUACUAUAAUAGCUGGUUAUGUUCAGGCUGCCUGUUUUAUGGAGGCUUUGGAUUUCUUCCACAAGAUGUUGCAAGCUGGGGUCAAACCAAAUGAAUAUACCAUGGUGAGUGCUCUCGCAGCCUGUUCAAAUCAUGUUGCAUUGGAUCAGGGAAAGUGGAUCCAUGUUUACAUUCGGAGGCACAAGAUUAGGAUGAACGAUAGACUUCUUGCUAGCCUAAUUGAUAUGUAUGCAAAGUGUGGAGAGAUAGAAUCUGCAUCAAGUGUUUUCUACGAACACAAAGUGAAGCGAAAGGUUUGGCCAUGGAAUGCAAUGAUUGGCGGUUUAGCAAUGCAUGGAAAACCUGAAGAAGCUAUAAAUCUCUUUGAACAAAUGAAGUUUGAAAAAGUUUCUCCUGACAAAGUAACAUUCAUUGCCUUAUUAAAUGCUUGUAGCCAUGGCUAUAUGGUUAAAGAGGGGAAGUUAUAUUUUGAAUUGAUGACUAGUGAUUAUGGAAUUAGCCCUGAAUUAGAGCAUUAUGGAUGUAUGGUAGAUUUACUUAGCCGUUCCGGGCUCUUGAUGGAGGCUGAAGACAUGAUUUUGAGCAUGCCAAUGGCUCCGGAUGUUGCGAUUUGGGGAGCAUUGUUGAAUGCUUGUAGAAUCUAUAAAGAUAUGGAGCGCGGAUAUAGAAUAGGUAGAAUAAUUAAAGAAAUUGAUCCAGAUCAUAUAGGGUGUCAUAUUCUGUUAGGUAAUAUAUAUUCUACCUCAGGUAGAUUCAAUGAAGCAAGAACGCUGAGAGACAGUAAUGACAGGAAAAAAAUCCCCGGUUGUAGCUCAAUUGAAUUGAAAGGAUUAUUCCAUCAAUUCCUUGUUGGAGACCGAUCACAUCCGCAAAGUAGGGAGAUUUAUUUAUUUUUGGAUGAGAUGAUAAGCAAGUUGAAGAUUGCUGGGUAUGUUCCCGAGUUAGCAGAAGUUUUGCUUGAUAUUGAUGAUGAGGAAGACAAAGAGACUGCUCUUUCUGUACACAGUGAGAAGUUGGCUAUUGCUUUUGGAUUGAUGAACAUGGAACCUGGAACUCCAAUUCGCAUUGUGAAGAAUUUAAGAGUUUGUGCGGAUUGUCAUCAAGCAACAAAAUUCAUAUCCAAGGUUUAUGACCGAGUAAUUAUAGUUCGAGAUAGGAUGAGGUAUCACCACUUCAAAGAUGGAGUUUGUUCUUGCAAAGACUACUGGUAG